GUGAUUGCGACCCGGUAUCCGCCCAAACGCCAACCCACCACCACCACCUCACUUGAACACCUCUUCUUCCAGCAUUUUCUCUGCAGUUAACACUCGAGCCUCUCUAGCUAUUCCCUUAAACAAACUGAUCAACAAUCACAAUGAUCUCAAUCACAUCCACUGAAUUGAACUACUUAGUCUUCCGUUACCUUCACGAAUCAGGUUUUACUCAUUCUGCAUUUGCAUUCGGGUAUGAAGCGGGGAUUGAUAGAUGCAAAAAUGAUGAUAAUGUGGUUCCACCGGGUGCUCUUGUUACAUUCAUACAGAAAGGCAUUCAAUAUCUUGAGCUGGAAGCUAACCUGAGUGGUAGUGAUGCUGACAUGGAUGAGGAUUUUUCGUUUCUACAACCUCUGGAUCUUAUCACAAAGGAGCCCAAUGAGCUACACAAUAUAGUAAAAGCCAAAAAGGAAAAUCUAAGUCAACAUAAAUCCGAAUCGAAUAAAAUAGUGAAUGGGUCGACUCACGACAACGCAAGGAGGGAACAUGUUCAGGAAAGAGAGAAGGAGAGGAAAGAAAAGGAAAACGAGCAGAGACUGGAAAAAAUAAGGUUAGAAAAAGAAAAGGAGCAACCAAAGGAUGAAUAUAAAGAAACACAACAUACCGAUCAAAACCAUACAGAGAAACACGAAGAUAAGACUACUGUUGAAAAUCUAAACAAUAGAGCGUAUGGAGGGCCUGAGCCAAUGGAGAUUUCACAGAGCCCCAUGUCGUCGCCUAAUGAUACUCCAUGUCGUGAUGUAAAAAUUUUGAAAGGCCAUUCGUCGGAGGUAUUUGCCUGUGCUUGGAAUCCAUCAGCUCCACUUCUUGCGUCUGGAUCUGGAGAUUCAACAGCUCGAAUUUGGAAAAUUGCUGAUGGACCUUGUGACUCUGGUGUGCAAAAUGAACCAGUAAAUGUUGUCGUGCUGCAGCACUUUAAAGAAAGCACCAAUGAAAAAAGCAAGGAUGUGACUACACUCGAUUGGAAUGGAGACGGAACACUAUUGGCAACUGGUUCCUAUGAUGGCCAAGCAAGAAUAUGGAGUAGAGAUGGUUCACUAGGGGAGUUGAAUAGUACACUAAACAAGCACAAAGGUCCAAUAUUUUCCUUGAAGUGGAACAAGAAGGGGGAUUAUCUUCUUAGUGGAAGUGUGGAUAAGACUGCUAUUGUGUGGAAUAUAAAGACUGGGGAAUGGAAACAACUAUUCGAAUUUCACACUGGUCCAACUCUUGAUGUUGAUUGGCGAAACAAUGUUACGUUUGCUACAUGCUCCACUGAUAAAAUGAUACAUGUUUGCAAAAUUGGGGAGAAUAGACCAGUCAAAACUUUCUCAGGGCAUCAGGAUGAAGUUAAUGCCAUUAAAUGGGAUCCAACAGGUUCUUUACUGGCUUCAUGCUCCGAUGAUCACACUGCAAAAAUAUGGAGUUUAAAGCAGGAUAACUUUUUGCAUGAUUUGAAGGAACAUGUCAAGGGGAUCUAUACAAUUCGAUGGAGCCCUACAGGCCCUGGUACCAACAAUCCCAAUCAGCAGUUAGUGCUAGCAAGUGCCUCAUUUGACUCAACGAUAAAGCUAUGGGACGUGGAACUAGGGAGUGUACUCUACAGCUUAAGUGGUCACAGGGAUCCUGUAUAUUCCGUUGCAUUCAGUCCUAAUGGGGAGUAUCUGGCCAGUGGCUCCAUGGAUAGAUUCGUGCAUAUAUGGUCCGUGAAGGAAGGCAAGAUUGUAAAAACAUACACUGGAAAAGGUGGGAUAUUUGAAGUUAAUUGGAGCAAAGAUGGUGAUAAAGUUGCUGCUUGUUUUUCAAACAAUAUAGUUUGUGUUUUGGAUUUCCGAAUGUAAAUAUAGAGGACAUACCUCUACAACUCUAAUAUCAUUUCCUGUGCUAUUUUAACAGCAUUUUUGUACAGACUCAUUUGCUACAUUUAUCUAUUUCCAUAUUACCCAGCUUUA